AUGGAUUCGGAAAUCAAGGCUUUGGGAAUCAAUAUCGAAGGAAUCCAAAUGGUGGAUUCAAUAAUGCAAAUGGAGGAUACUACAACAAAGCCGGGAGAGUAUGAUGAUGCUUCACUUAUACUCUUCGUGGAAGGAAAUGAGCAUCAUGUGGAAGUAAGACCACAACUAAUUAGUGUCUUACCCAUCUUUAGAGGCCAUAAAACUGAUGAUCCAUACAAUCACCUCUAUGAGUUCCUUGCAAUUGCUAACGCGAAUACUCCGCGAGGAACUAAUAGAGAUUCAUUUAGACUUCAUUUAUUUCCGUUCACUUUAAAAGAAAAAGCUAAUAAAACAACGGAAAUAAGAAAAGCUAUACAAGAUUUUGCUCAAAAACCCAAUGAAGAAUUUCAUGAUGCAUUUGAACGCCUCAAGGAAUUGUUGCGUUCAUGUCCCCAUCAUGAAUUUCCCCGUUGGCAAGUUGUACGUUUCUUUUAUGAUGGAGUCGACACUGCCAAUCAAACCAUGAUUAAUGCCUCGUCUGGCGGCACAAUUAUGAUGCAAGAUAGUGAAGAUGCUUGGCGAUUCUUGGAGCAGUUGAGUCAUGGUUCAAAAACCAAUUACUCAGCUAAGAAACGGGACAACCCAGUUUCAUUGGCUGUUUCUGUUGGACUAGAAAAAAACUGGAAAAAUGAAGUCAAAUCUGAUAUUAAUUCUUCAAAUAAAAAAUUUGACUUACUACUCUCUAGUCUAGGCAAAGAGAAAGGGAAUUACCAAAACCAAAAUCAGCCAAAACAGUUCCAACAGUCCAACUUUAACCAAGGUGGAACAUCAAAGAAGGAGGAAAUAGGUAGCAACAAGUUGGACAAAAUCGUGGAGUUUAUAACUCAAACAUACCAAAAAGCUGACACCAACUCCAAAUCCAUAGCUGCUAUCGAGAAGCAGAUUGCUCAACUGGCGGAGAAAAUUAGGAAAAGAGAAGAUGGCAAGUUUCCAAGCACCACAACAGUCAACCCAUCUCACACCCAAAGACCCGGAAAAGAGCAUCAAGUGAACGAGGUAAUCACCUUGCGUAGUGGGAAAAAGGUUGACAACAAGGUAAGUGCUCCCACCUUAGAUAAUGACAGUGACACUGAAGUCAUAUUUGAUGAAAAAGAAGAGUUUAAGAAAGGUUUCAAAUCUGAAAAACAAAAAGUAGUUAAGGGUAAAGAUGACUCUAAAGUUGGGGAGCAUGGUGUGGAGGUUAAUACCGCACCAUACCCUUCAGCUUUAGAGAAACCGACAUCCUUCCCUUUUGGGAAGAGAGGGCAGAAAAUGGAAGACAUGUGA